AUGGCGGCGGCGGCCCGGGAGCACGUGGAGAGGAUCCGGCGCGACCGCUACUACAUUGGCCGCGGCGAGCAGAACCCGCUAGCCGAGGACAUGCACCAGGCCGUCAACUACCUCAGCCAGGAGCUCUACUCCAGGGACGUCCACUUCCUCAUGGAGCUCGUCCAGAAUGCUGAAGAUAAUGAGUACCCUAGCGGAGUAGCGCCAUCUUUGGAGUUUCUAGUUACAUCCAAUGAUGUUACUGGAUCUGGUGCAUCAUCUACUUUGCUCAUCUUCAACAAUGAGAAAGGCUUCUCUCCAUCCAAUGUUGAAUCCAUUUGUCGUGUUGGAAAGUCAACUAAAAAAGGAAACAGGGACAAGGGAUACAUCGGAGAGAAAGGUAUCGGGUUCAAGAGCGUUUUCCUGAUAUCGAGCCAGCCCCAUAUAUUCAGUAAUGGCUACCAGAUCAAGUUCAAUGAGAAGCCUUGUUCGGAGUGUAACAUUGGAUACAUUGUCCCUGAGUGGGUUGAGUCAAAACAGAUCCUUUCAGACAUAAAAAAGAUAUAUGGGCGAUCCAAGGUCCUCCCAACAACCACUAUCAUCUUGCCUCUGAAGGACAAGAAGGUUAGUGUCGUAAAGCAGCAACUGUCGAGCUUGCAUCCAGAAAUGCUACUGUUUCUGUCAAAGAUUAGGCGGCUCUCUGUACAGGAAGCCAACUCCAAUCCAAAAGGCAGCACAGUCAGUGAGAUUGCAAUAUCUAGUGAAAAGAACUACCAAGCGAGGAAGAACAUGCACGCAGAGUCUUACACGGUCCAUUUAUCAGCUCAAGAGAAUGGGAAAGAAGAAGAGUGUGGCUACUAUAUGUGGAGGCAGAGUUUCCCAGUAAAACCAGAGAACAGAGUGGACAAACGUGCGGAGAUCGACGAGUGGGUCAUCACCCUGGCCUUCCCGCACGGCGAGCGUCUAUCCCGUGGGAAGCAGAUAUCACCUGGCGUCUAUGCUUUCCUUCCCACUGAGAUGGUGACGAACUUCCCAUUCAUCAUUCAGGCCGACUUCCUCCUUGCAUCUUCAAGAGAGGCUAUACUGUUUGACAGUCCCUGGAACAAGGGGAUUUUGGAGUGUGUCCCAAGUGCUUUCUUGAAUGCUUUUGUCGCGCUUGUGAAAUCUAGCGCUGACGCACCAGCAAUGUCCUUACCGUCUAUGUUUCAUUUCCUGCCGGCCAAUCCUUCACCAAUCCCAGUACUUGAGCCGGUUAGAUCUGGCAUCAAAAACAAGAUUCUUGUCGAGGAUAUAGUGCCAUGCGAGUCUCAUAGUUCGCAGAAAAUAUUUUGCAAGCCAGGUGAGGUUGGACGACUGAAACCAGCCUUUUGGAGUAUUCUCAGCAAGGCAAGGGAAUCUGGAGUUGACCUAAAGAAUCUUUCAACCCAUGGAAGCUACAUUCUGAGCUCUCAUUUCGAUAAGUCCACGUAUAAUACCGUGCUAUCAUUUCUUGGUGUUAAAAGUGUGAGCAAUGAGUGGUACGCCAAAUGCAUUGAGGGCUCGAAUCUUGUCAAGGAGGUAAAUGAACAGAUUUAUCUGGAAGUUUUAUCCUUUGUCGCCGACAAUUGGCAGAACUGUUUCUCCGGUACAAACAUGAUGUCUAUUCCCCUGCUAAAGUAUGUUGAUCGGAACAAUGCUCUCUCUUUCCGGAGCGUUUCUAGAGCUACUCAAUUGAGUGACAGAUUGUGCAUUGCAUCUGAGAAGAAGUGCAUACCUUGGCUUAUCAGCUGGAACCGGGAGUUCCCUUCUUCUAACCGCGUUUUUGUACCUCCCAGCACACAGGAAGCUCUACAAAAUUUCGCACAGAGAACAGCAGUAUCACAGUGGCUUCAGAGCUAUGCAAAGGUGGAGGCUGUGUCUGUCUACAGUUAUGGACUAGCGGUUCUUAAUUCCUUGAAUUAUGAUAGCAAGCCUGUUAUUGCUUUUGCCCAUUUUCUGUACCACUCGUCUCAGAAGGGUCACAUCGAGAGCUACCACUUGGCAGAACUGUGCCGUGCCAUGCCGGUAAUCGACAGCUAUGGCAGUGUGGUCAAGACAAGAAGCAGCCUUCUAGUUCCUGCGAAGGGCAGUAAAUGGGUAGGAUUGAUGGGCACGAACCCAUGGAGGAACCAGAACUACAUUGAACUAUCAGCAGACUACAAGUCGUCAGGCAGUUACGCUGGGAUCUAUGCACCUGAAGACCAGCUCUUGGCUUUCCUAAAGACACAACUGCAGGCUUCAGACAUUCCGUUCAUACACCCUCCAGAUGCAAGCUUUCCUACAGUCUCAUCGCCUCUGACUGUUGACAAUGCAAUCUUGCUUUUGCAAUGGAUACAGAAUCUCAAGUCAAGAAGAGUACAUUUACCGGCUAGAUUUCUGGCUUGUGUAAAACAGGGAAGUUGGCUGAGGACAUCAGUUGGAUACAAGCCACCAAAUGAAUCAUUUCUGUCCAGUUCUGAGUGGGGAGUUCUUCUGCAAAAUGGAUCUUCCUUUGUUGACAUACCAAUGAUUAACCAAAUUUUUUAUCAGAACAAGCUGCAUAUGUACAAGGAUGAACUCAAGGCGAUCGGAGUUCGAUUCGAAUUUCAGGAGGCGUCAGCGUACAUCGGCAGCCGCCUCAUGUCCAUGGCCGCAAGCAAUACACUGACCAGAGAGAAUGUGUACUCACUGCUUCGGCUGAUUCGCUUUCUUCGAGAGAAAGUUCUGUCUCCAAGCGAACUCAUCAACAGUGUCAAAGAUGGACAGUGGAUGAAGAGUACUAUCGGCUACAGGUCUCCGGUUGGGUGUAUCAUCUAUGAUUCAGACUGGGCAGUUGCAUCCUGCAUCAGCAGCCAGCCGUUCCUUGAUGUCAGGUUCUAUGGCGAGGACAUCCUUACCUACAAACCAGAGCUCAAAUUGCUCGGUGUUCUUGUUGGAUUUGAGGACAGCUACAAACUUGUGAUUGAUAAUUUCAAGUUCAGUUCAGCUGCUGUUACUCCUGAGGCUACUGUACUAAUCCUCAAAUGUAUCCGGCAUGUGAGCUCAUGUGACGCCUUCAUAAGAAAACUCAAAGAUUUGAAAUGGGUUAAGACCAAUGUGGGGUUCCGUGCUCCUAAUGAAUCUUUUCUUGUGGAUCCUCGAUGGGAGUGCCUUCUAAAGGUCUUUGAUGGGGUUCCUGUAGUUGAUUUCAGAUUUUAUGGGAGUAAGAUUAGUCCCUACAAAGAAGAGUUAGAAAAGACUGGCUUGAUAACAAGAUUGGAGGCGGCAUCGAAGGCUAUAGCUAACUUGUUCAACCAGAUGGUUCUGAAUUCAUUACUUCAAAAGGCGAGUGUCCUAGCUCUGCUAGCAUGUUAUCGGCAGCUGAAAACACAGGGCGCACUUCCCGUCGAGCUCUUGAGUUGCAUGCUGAAUGAGAAGUGGUUGUGCACAUCGUUGGGUUUCAGAUCCCCCAAAGAUGCAAUCUUAUUUAAUGCAGAAUGGCAGUCUCUAUCGUCAGUAGCAAACUUACCUUUCAUAGAUGACAGUGUCUCUAACCACGGUUUAAGCAAAGAAAUACAUGGUUAUAAAGAUGAGCUCAAGAAUUUAGGUGUUACUACUGAAGUGAAAGCUGGUGCUAGGUUUGUUAUCAAUGGCAUCAACAUUCCCAAGGAUCCUUUGCACAUGUCUGCAGCUACUGUCUUGUCAUUGCUCAUGUCCAUUCAGAGCUGGUUGGCUUCUUCAAGUAACUUCCCAAAGGGCUUUCUAGAGAAAAUCAAAGGCUGCAGUUGGUUGAGGACAAAAGUGGGGUUCCGAUGUCCCGAUGAGUCGAUCCUGUUUGAUCCAAAGAAUUCUUCAAUUCGCAUAGAAGAUGGCCCUUUCAUUGAUGAAGCAUUCUAUGGCUCGGAGAUAGCCUCAUUCAGAGAUGCCCUUGCGGCAAUCGGAGUAUCUGUGGAUGUUAGACACGGACAUGAGCUUGUUGCUCGGCAUCUGAAAAGCCACAAAAACAAGGCUACUAUUUCUCGUAUUUACACAUACCUUCAGGAGUGCAAUUGGGAGCCUGCAAACAAGACGAGUAAUUGGAUCUGGAUACCAAAUAAAAAGAAAAGUGGAGAGUGGGUGAGCCCUCUGGGUUGUGUUCUUCAUGAUAAGGACAACCUUUUCAGCCUGCAGCUGCAUGUCUUGGACAAAUAUUAUGACAAGAAGUUGCUGGACUUCUUUUCACAUGUUUUUGGUGUGAGGAAUGGUCCUAGCGCUAAAGAUCAUUGCAAACUAUGGAGCACAUGGGAGAGCUCUGUCGAUGCGCUACCUGUAGCUGACUGCUCUGCUUUCUGGCAGUUCAUUGCCAAGAACUGGAGCAAAAGCACGGAGAAGCUUCUUUCUGCUUGUGUCAAGGUUCCAGUUUGUACCGACGGAACCAUCCUUCUGUCAAAGAAAGUGGAUGUGUUUAUUCCUGAUGAUCUACUUCUCAAGGAUUUGUUCGACAAGCUUCCUAACCGGUCAUUGUUCAUCUGGUAUCCAUCUUCAAGCCUGCCUUCCAUGUCUCGAGCAAAGCUGAACAACAUCUACGGUAGGAUUGGAGUUCAGGCAAUAUCCAAAGCUGUUGGGAAGAAUGAUUCACUCACAUUGGAAAAUGUCAGUCCAACAAAAGCUGCUCGGCGUAAGGUGAUCAAUGUUGGUAUGAUCAAACUGGUCCUUGCUUUUCUUGCCGAUCCUGCUCUCGACAUUUCUGCUGAAGAGCGGCACAAGAUUGUUUCCUGCCUGCUCAAUGUGACGGUGCUAGAGACCAGCGAGCCGAUCACGGUGGGAUACAAGGUGAAGCUGUCCACUGGGGCCGUUUUGGAUGUGAAGGCCACACGGAAGCUCCGGUGGGAGAGGGAGAGCUCGAAACUGUACAUGCAGAAAAGCAAGCGUGCACCAGGCUACAAGGAGAAGUUGGAGUUUGCGACGAACUUUGCGGAUGAGGUAUCCCAGGGGCUGCUCUUCGAGAAGGCGGAGCAGAUCCCUUUGCUCGCGGAGCUCAUUAAAAUUGGUAGCUUGAUGGACUUCCACGCUGCCGCUGUCGAGUACCUUCUGAAAUCAAAAAAUCUGCAGCUCUUCCCUGAAGACGAAGAAUUCCUUAACACUAGAUCGCUAGGUCGUAGCAGGAACCGUUAGUGAUCUCUGGAGUUGCUCUUGCGCAUGCGACACAUGGGAGUGAAGUGGUG